AUGGCCAUGGCGAUGGGCCGAUCCUCGGAUGCGUAUGUCGAGCGCGCGCGGUGUGGAGCUGUGAGGGCGCAGUGGGGAACCCGGCGCAGGGGAUAUGCCUUGCCGCGAUGCGAAGGAGUGGCGGUGCUGGUCCGCGUGCACGGGGGCACCAGCCAAGCCAUGCUGCGGCGGCACCUGGCCUGGGCGGAGGAGGCUCGCGAGGCCGAGCGGCGGCUUCAAGCGCCGGUGAGCGUUUGGCUCUUGGCGGACGAGACCUUCGCAGGCCAGAGCAUCCAGGACCGACUCCGCGGCAUCGCCGGAGAGGUUGGCGCGGGCCUCGCUGGCGGCGCGCCGCAGGUCUUCUCCUACAGGGAGGCGGAGAUGGUACAGCGCUUCCCGGCGCUCGAGGCCAUCCGAGCCGCGCUGCCGGACCGCCCAGAGGUGCGCGACUGCUUCCGGCUGCCGGGUUUGAAGAGCUUGGCCUGGUGUUUCCACGUGGAGUCCCUGCUCCUCUGGUGGGCUCGCGAAGGCGCUCCGAAGCCAAAGUACCUGUGGGUCCUGGAAGAUGACGUCGGCUACUCCGGGCACCUAGGGCACUUCCUCAGCGCCUACCAGCACGAGCCUGCGGACUUGGUGUCCCAUGCCCUGCAGCCGGCAGAGCCCACUUGGGUCUGGUACACGGCCGCCUCGAAGGCGUUUGAUGACCUCGUCCAGCGGCCCAGGCUCCGCUGCGCGGAGCACGUGCAGCGCCUUUCCUCGCGUCUCAUGGAGGCGCUGCAGAACUUUGCGAGGAGCGGCGUGUCUGGCUGGAGCGAGAUGUCGGUACCCACGCUCUGCCAGCUGGCGGGUCUUUCUUACUGCCCGCUGAAGCCGGAGCAGGUGGGCCAGAUCUUCACCUUCAACGGCAAGGUGCCAGAGGAGGCAUGGCCCAGCAUUUGCCAGAACGAGAGGACUCGGAACCGCUGGUGGCAU